GACGUUUACCAGUCCGCUGGUGCAUAGGCAAUGGCCACCGGGGUAUGCCUUAAAAUACACUCCACCCGCCAUUUCAAGCACCGGAAGUCCUAUUUACCGUGCCAGCGUGCAAUUUUUAAUGACUGCAGCCUAUUUCUGACUCAUCGUGCAUAAUAUGCGACGCUCGUGUGUUGAAAGAACCACUCGUGUGAGAAAUGGCCACCAGACAACCUUUCACCAGCAUACAAAUGCCAUGGUGCACGACUUUUGCAAAACAGCCAUUGGUAUCAACCUCAACACACCAUUACUAUCCCUUUCUCAUAUUGUAAAACUGGAUCUAAUGCAGGGCCACACCAUCCGCAGCCGCUGGUGCUAUGCUAUCGUAAUCUGGGCGCUAGCCGCCUGCGCUGUAGCAGCACCGAUACAUAUUUUACUCCCUGACCAAAUCACGCUGGCGGAGGGCAAUAUUGUCACCUUUUACUCGUCACACCCUGCUGGCCCACAUGAACUUGGUUCAGAUCCCAGAGAUACCCCUUCAGUUUUGACUAUUGACGGACACAUGCUGAUGCGGGCCAUGGACACUGGGGGCGCCAGCAAUGCCGAGGACAGCGACCUGCCUGCAACCAGCACCAACCCCGCUCCGGACAGAGAACAUAGUGGCAAUACACCCGACCCUCAGACUGCUAACCCUGAGACUGAUUCCGAUGAUGAUGACGAUGACGGCGAUGAGAAGCCCAGCCUAUCCACUAAUGCUGGUAAGCGGGCAAAGGCAGGACGCCGCAUAGAUAUGUCUCUUGAAGACCAGUCCUUGGAUUCGGCCGUCCAGGGCAUGGGCGAUGACGACGAGUCUCCAAUUGACGAGGCAGAACGUUUAACUUCAGCCGACAAGUCCUCUCUCGACGACGUCAUUGUUGAUGCUCAGCUGUGGUCCAAGGGAGAAGCCUCGCCGACUAGCACACCUAAGUCUACCUGGAACACGGGUGAUACUUUGGACGACGUUGUUCUUGAUCCACAUUCGCCAUUUUCGACCGUAUCCACCACCUCGCUCAGCGAAACUAGCCAUACACGCACCUCAUCAGUGUCGAUCGAAACUGUCAACAGCAGCCCACCUCCAGGACUGCAAACUUCACGACAAACACCACUGUCAUCAAUACCGGUCUUGACAUCUAUUCCGUCGUCGUUCCCAAGUGCAGCCCCAGAUGUGCCUUAUUCCUCACUCAGCACAUCUGCGUCGACUUCAGUGGCUUCACAGACAUCUGACACAUCUGGAACCACCGGUACAUCGCAGUCGUCGGCAUCAGUAUCGACCACUCUAGCACCGUCAAUCACUACUGUAUCAAGUGUACCGGCACUUAUUGGCGAUAUCCUGUCAAUCCUGUCGACGGCCACCGGAAGGCCAGCAUCUAGCGCUACAUCUGCAACUGUUGCAGGCUCAACUCCAGCUCUAACCGCUUCAUUGGUAUCAUCGACGCCGUCGCCAAAUACUUCCUCACCUUCGGAUAGCCCGUUGCUUGCAGCCUCAUCGUCGCUGACAAAGCCUGCAAAGGCAGCACUAUUGGAUAGCUCCAGUACCCAGGUGAGCCAACAGAGCAGUUCAGCGCUGUUGGGCUGGUUCAACGGCCUGUCUCUGUCGCCAGCAUCUACUUCCCCAUCCGCUGUAUCUGUCCAAUCGUCGACAGCCCCCGCUAUGUUCCCUGUGCUUGCCACUCCCUUGUCGACAUCGAUUUCCCCUAGCCUUUUUGCCUGGCUAACCCCUGGAAGCUCGGCUUCGGUAUCUGCAGCAUCUCCGACAACAGCCAUGUCAUCCACGGUAUCUUCACCUGUACCAGGUAUCUUUGGAUCGUUCUUGUCAGCAUCGCCAGCGGCCUCCACAUCAUCUGCGUUGGCUGCAUCGGGGUCGAAGUCGGGUGGGAUAUUCAGCUGGCUCAGCGCUACUCCACCGGCCCUCCUUGCCAGCAUCGACAUCAACAUCUGCUCCACUAUCCAGCAUCAGCGCAACUGGUAGUCUGGAAACAACCUCGAAAUGGCCUGGGCUUUUUGCAGGUGCCAGCUCAUCUGUGGAACCGUCAGCACCUGCCCUUUCCAGCUUGGCUGUGUCAUCUGCUCCUAUGCAGCUUACAACGAG